AUGCAGGAGGCUCGACAGCUCCUGGCCGACCUCACAGCUGUGCAGGAAGCCGCUUCAACGGGUGCCAAGCCUGUGCUCGCCCCUGAUCCGGCUGCUGCAGAAGUUCCCACGGAGACUCCUGCAACCAAAAGUGGUGGGAAGAAGCUCAAGAGGAAGAAACCUUUGAGCCAUGAGUCGGAACAACCCCAGGAGGACACCCCGGCCCCACCUGAGAAACCAACCGCAGCUGAAUCUCAGGAGCAGACCCAGGCCCCAGCCGAAUCUCCCAAGAAGCCAACCCCAGCAAAAUCUCCGAAGGCCCGGACUCCAGCUAAGUCUACCAAGAAGCCGAGUCCAGCCCUACCGGCCCAAGCCGAAUCUCCCAAGAAGCCAAGUCCAGCCCGACCGGCCCAAGCUGAAUCUCCCAAGAAGCCAGCCUCACCGAAAUCUCCGAAGAUCCGACGGAACCCAGCUGAAACCCCCAAAAAGCCAACCCCAGCAAACUCGUCUUCAGACCCAGCUGGUCUGGACAGAGCUGAUGCUGCUGCCCCGACAGGUUUCCCAAAGCAGUCGCCCGUGAGGGUGCUUGUCGGAGCAGACCCGGGCCCAACCGCCCUUAGAAAAUACGCUGGAGAAGAUGCUCAGAACCCUUUCCUCGUGCUUUCGCCCAACAACAAACAGGACCUGCCCAAGGACAUGCCAUCCCCGCUGCGACCCAGGGAUCUGUCACGAGCAUUCCAGACCCCAGACAAGUCUGGGACGCAACCGCCCCCAACCGCUGAUGACGAAGACAGUCUCGACAACUCCACCCCCACCCGCAUCGGUGAGUGGCUACGAUCAAAUUCGAAGCCCUUGGAAGACCCCACUGAAGAGGCAUGGCCCUCAAUCGCAACACAGAUGACCUUCAGUAUGUGCAAUAUGAAUGCGAUCGGCUUUUGUGUUCUAUCGAAGUUUACCCAGUGGAAGGAGAUUGGAAACGAAUCUCCCGCAAGCAGUGACGGCAGUGAUGAUGAAGCCUCUCGUGGCCCUCCGGGCAGUCCUGCUCCGCCCAAGCGAACAUCAUCCAGGGCCAGGCUGACAAUCCUGAAGGCUUCCAAACGGGUCGACACGAAGGCCGAAGCUGCUCGAGUUGAUCAAGUUCUACGCCGGCUUUGCCGGAGAAAGAAGCGAGGCAUGUUGGUGCCAGAAGAGAUACACAAGCUCUGGGUCAAGGGCGGUUCACAUCGCCGUGAAUUGGCCAAGAUUUUGGUCGAGGUCGGGGAGGACAAGGACGGCACCGGUUGCACGCACAAGCUGUUAUCAUCGCUAUCCCUCAAUCUUUCGCUUCCCAUGAGCAGGAUGCAUUCUGCCAGAGAGUCACUCAUCGCUUCACCCAGCUCCGGAGCAACCGUCGGAAAAGAGUGGGAGUGCACCCGACCACCUAUGAGAGACAAGUACGAGAAAAAGGUGUACUGGUUUUACUGCGACGUCGCCUACGAAGGAACAUGCACCAACGAAAACAAGGAGGAGCUUGAGAGGGUCACCGACCUCGGUGAAGCCUCGGUGGCCCGAGUGCCUUUGGGUUUGGAGGCAGGUGUCGCCCCUGGGGGUGGCAUGCCGCCGCCUGAGGAAGAGACGGAAGAAGUUUCUUCAAACGCUGAAGCAGAGAGUGACGAGGAGAAUUCAUGCCAGAGCGAGGGCGAGUCGAAAACCACAUCCGGCAAGCGAAAGCGAGCAGCUUCAACAAGCAAGAGCAAGGCCCCCACCAAGAAACCCAAGCCGGGUGCAAAGGCCCCCUCCCGGGAGGAGCUUCCCACAGAGGACAUGGAUUCGAUUCCGGAGGUUCUCGCCGAGAUCUUAAAGCAGCAGGGCAAGUCGCAGAAGAUCUUGGGCAAGUGUGUCGAAGCAGGUGCACAGUCGGAUGCUGACUUGCUCAAGAAGCAGAUGGCUGAGCUCACUGAGAAGCAUGACAAGAUCGCAGACAUGAAAGCUUCAUACGACUGCGAUGAGACUGUUGAUGGUUCGAGCCUCAGCAAGCUCAUGAACGAAGUCAGCAAGCUGAUUUCCCGCAUGGCUACGGAAGAGAACAAAAUCAGGACCGUGCUGGUGAAGAAGAGCAACAAGGGCUCCCCAAAGGUCAAGGAGGGCGACCAGACCUCCCCAAAGGUCAAGGCUUAUGGGGCUGAAUGGAUAUGGAUAGGUAUGCUGUCGACAUCUUCAAUAAGAUCUGAGAAUUCUGCAAAAUCGUCUGGAGAUGCUGGGCCUAUCGGGGAUGCUUUUGGCAAGGCUAUGGUCAAGGGGGUAUCGAGUGAGAUGGCAUCCGAGAUAGCAGCUGCUGUUGUAGCUGAGAUUGAUGGGGCUUUCGGUCCCGAAGCAUCAGCUAAGCUUCAAUCUGGGCGAUUGCUGCAGACUAUGACUCGGGCCUACAAAACAGGGCACUCUGCUGAGACUGUUCGGUCAUGCCUGCAGCCUGCUGUGGCCUUCCCGCUACCCAUUUCUCACGCCGACCUUGGGCUGAAGAAGUUGCACCCUGUGAUAUACCCUUCUGAUUUCAUUCGUACAUUGGCAAACACUGGUAACCUGCUGAAUUUGACUGGAGGUAAGCCCCUAUCAUCCCUGGCUUUAUUCUGGGGGCGAUUCCAACUGCUACGUCCAGAUCAUCCCGUCUUCGAACUGUCGGAGUCAGACAGGGCCUACACGGUACCAAUAUAUCUUAUCGCAGACGAAGGUCGUGGGUUCAAAAAGACAGGAAUCAUGGUACUGGGCUACGAACCGGUAUUGGGCUUCGGUUGUGAAGCCGAGGACGAGCGAACCUCCCGGGAUGAACUCAAGAUGAACUUCGUUGGCAACACCUACAUGACCAGGAUGCUGUUCAGUGUAUUGUCGAAGACAAGUUAUGGGAAAAACAGUGUCGCAUUGCAUGCCCUUGUUGAGAACUUGACAAUGGACUUGGCUCGGUGUUUCGAAACAGGCCUUUCCGCGAAUGUCGAUGGUCGCCAAGUGUGUCUUCGAGCCGUGGCCAUAGGCCUGAAGGGCGACUGGCCCGCAUUAAACAAAUUGGGCAAGUUGGAGAGGCAUUUCACUAGAGAAAGUUACCCAUAUGGCAAAGGUAUUUGCCAUCUUUGCCAAGCCAACACUGAAGAGUGCCCCACUUGGCACGAGUGCGAUUUCACCACAGCACCGUGGGUUGCUACAAUGUCGACUGCACCUAUGCCAUGGAGACCGACACAGGAGUCAAGCCUUACAAGGAAUUUACCAAUGGAAGUUGCAUUCAAACCACAGUUUUUUCUGGUGGAUCUCUUUCAUACCGUCCAUAAAGGUGUCCACGCAGACCUCGCCGGAUCUGCGAUAGUUACUUGGGUAAUGUUAUAG